GCGGCCGGAGCGGCUGGCUCAAUUAAGAUGAGGCUUCUGCUGCUUCUCCUGGUGGCGGCGUCGGCGGUGGCCCGGAGCGAGGCCUCGGCCAACCUGGGCGGCGUGCCCAGCAAGAGAUUAAAGAUGCAGUACGCUACGGGGCCGCUGCUGAAGUUCCAGAUUUGUGUUUCCUGAGGGUAUAGGCGGGUGUUUGAGGAGUACAUGCGGGUUAUUAGCCAGCGGUACCCAGACAUCCGAAUUGAAGGAGAGAAUUACCUCCCUCAACCAAUAUAUAGACACAUAGCAUCUUUCCUGUCAGUCUUCAAGCUAGUAUUAAUAGGCUUAAUAAUUGUUGGCAAAGAUCCUUUUGCUUUCUUUGGCAUGCAAGCUCCUAGUAUCUGGCAAUGGGGCCAGGAAAAUAAGGUCUAUGCAUGUAUGAUGGUUUUCUUCUUGAGCAACAUGAUUGAGAACCAGUGUAUGUCAACAGGUGCAUUUGAGAUAACUUUAAAUGAUGUGCCUGUGUGGUCUAAACUGGAAUCUGGUCACCUUCCAUCCAUGCAACAACUUGUUCAAAUUCUUGACAAUGAAAUGAAACUCAAUGUGCAUAUGGAUUCAAUCCCACACCAUCGGUCAUAGCCCCACCUAUCAGCACUGAAAACUCUUUUACAUUAAGGGAUUUUGCAAGAGCAGCGUGACUGACAUUAUGAAGGCCUGUACUGAAGACAGCAAGCUGUUAGUACAGACCAGAUGCUUUUUUGGCAGGCUCGUUGUACCUCUUGGAAAACCUCAAUGCAAGACGGUUUUUCAGUGCUAGCACAUUUUGGAAUUCUGCACAUUUCGUGGAGUGCAAUAAUACUGUAUAGUUUUCCUCCCCCUCCCAAAUUCACCCAGUUAAUAUUUUUUUUAAUGUAGACAUUACUUGCAACUUUCUUAGACAUAUUUGAAAAAGUAGAAAAUUGAGUUACAAUUUGAUUUAUUUUAAACAUGUCUGUUAAAUCUGUUGUGCUUUUAUAUGAAUUUUCAUUUUUUAUGGUUUAAAAUCAGUCUUUUUGUGAAUAUAGCCAAAGUUCCCAAAUACUUUAUAAGAGUUCAAUCAGACAUCUCUAAUUUGGCUAUGUCCAAUUUGUGUAGUUUUCAAAACACUGCAAAUUGUGAACAGUGCAUUAUACAAGAUUAUAGGGGGAAAUCUAAUAUCCAGAGUACUCUACCAAUUUGUGUGUAUGUGUAUGUGUGUGUGUGUGUGUAUGUGUGUGUGAUUAUCAGAACUACUAUAACACCAACUGCUUUUUAAGUCCUAUUAUGUAGUUCAAGUGUCUUGCCUUGACCAGUCUAAUGAGUUGAUUUAACUGGGCCUUUAUACUUAACUAAAUAAAAAACUAAGCAGAUGUCAGUUAAAUAAAAAAGUUUCAAUUUAUUGUUCAGUAUACCUGUUAACAUUGUAUUUAACAAUCGUCUCUCCAAAUUUUUGUUUUUCAUUCUCAGAUAACUUCAUAAGGCACACACUUUAGAUUUACUUACAUUUUUAGGAUAAUUGAAACUCACUCAAUUGAAUCUCUUUACAAUGUUGAUAUUAGUUGUCUAAUAGUUUGUCUAAUAUAUCAGAAUUGUAUUUGAGGAACAGAAUUGGAAAAAUUUUAAAUUUAAUAUCAUUUUAGAGUUCUAAAAAGACAGUUAAAACAACUUAAACUAAUAAAGACUAUAAGAAUGACUUAGCAGAAAUAAGACCAUAGUUUGGAAAAAUAGUCAUACUACAUCAAUGAUAACAUACUUCAGCUUCUAAAUAGGAAUAAAGUGGUAGAGCCAGUAGUAGGCCUAGAUUUGUUAGUGGAAAUAAAUGGAUUUAAGGAAAAGUUAUGAGGUAAUUUUGGCGUUGGUUUCACCAACACUUAGGUGUUUUUAAGACCUUAUGUGAGGAUACUUCAAAAAGGGUCAUGGGAAGUGGAAUUAAAAAGCUGUUUAUUUUGAUGCAAAAAUUGAAAUACUUAUCCAUGAAUGAGCUCCAAAAAUUCAUGAAAAUGUGUAUUAUGAAAAACAUAUGUAGAGAUUAUGAAUUUUUUUGUACCAGAAUAAACAUCUUAAUUCAUUUUCCAUGAACUUUUGAAAUAGUCUUGUACUUACUUACAUGUUGUAACACCUAAUGUUAUACUUUGUCACUGAAUAUUUAUCACUUAAUAUCACUUAAUGUUCCUGAUUGUGACAGCCUGAAGUUGGAACAUACUAGAACCUCCAGAUGAUAGGACGUUAGUCUAUUACUGACUCUACAAAAUUGAUUAAGGAUUGUCCUUUUUAUUAACCACAUAGACCAUUUAUUAACAAUGUUGACUUCUUCAUAUAAUGAUAAGAAGUGUUACAAUUUAAACUGAAAUUUCAUUAGAGGUUGUUAUUUGGGUAUAAUACCACUUUAUAUUUGAGAAGGUUUAAAACUUUGUUAAUUUGAUUGUGUACCACUCCAAACUGCUCAUCUUCUGCAAGUUGAAAUGUCUUGUUGAAUGUUUCCAGAGGUCUUUCUUCAGCUAACAGACAUUCCGCUAGUGACACAGUUAACUUUAUGUAAACGUUCACAACUUGGGCUUUUGAUGUCCCGUGGCCCUGACAGGUCAAACUGUGAAGAACCUAAGAUUCAAAUACAACUUUUUCCACGUUUGCCUUCGGUUGAGUAAUGUGUCUUUUGAAGAAUAGCUUUAAGUGACUUAGACACUGACAAAACUCAGCUGUUUUGUUGACACCCAUCUCUCUUAUGUUUAGCCAUAUUUAAAUCUAGAGUUUAAUAGAGUUUAGUGAAGAAAAUUUAGUGGGAGACAUGAAUAAAAAAUAAUGUUAAGGAAAUAUGGAAAGUAAACUAUUUAUAAUGUAGUUUUAUUAUAUUCCUAACAUUUUAAAUUUAUUGCUUAUAAAUUGAUAUAAUAUUUGAAUUUAUAUUCCUAAUAAUUUGAAUUUGUUGCUUAUAAAUUGGUAUGGCUAUAUGGUUUAUACAUGUCUAUGCACUAGUAUAUUAAUUAGAAGACAAUAGAAAAUGCCAGCAAGUUGGCUGAUGUUAUUUGACUUUUUACUAUAAUUGCCAUUAUGGAAGAAAUUAUUCGUUAUGUUAAUAAAAAAUGCAAGUAAAGCAUGGCUUUAUACCUCAAUGUGUAAGGUGUGCAAGACAAAUAUACUUUUGGAAUAUAAAUGGCAUUAUUUGCUUAUGGCAAUAGCAUUAUUAAUGAUAAAAAUUGAUCAGCCUUUAUAGUGAUUUAAAAUGUAACAGGAUCCCAGUGAUAGUUCUUUCUUAUUUUGAAUGUUAGUUUGGAACCUUGAUUAACUGGCAAACAUUCCAUCACUGUCAUAAUUUAAAAUAAUUCGGAUUUUAAAAUUAGCCCGCAGGAUUUUUAAACAUGGUUUGAUAUUCUGACGCUUUUUAUUUAUUUAUCUUUUUAAUCUGUUUUGGGAGAAAUAAGUGAGGAAAUGUAAAGUUUGGGGAUUUACCUCUUUAGAAUUGUGAAAAUAAACUUUUAUAAUGCUGAUGUGAAAGUAAUCCCUACUUUGUGGAAUUAAAUCUAUGCUAGAGCAUGUUACAUGGUAAUGUUAUGUAGGAAAUUUUGCAAUGUAAAAGUUGAUGUCACUAAUUAAUAUGUUUAUUUUCUAAUGACUUCUUAACCCAACCAGUGUUGACCAUCCCACCUCAGCCUAGCACUCAGAGUCUUAACACUCUUGGGACUUACACUGCUUCUCAAGCCUUAUGGUCACUUGUGCUUCCGUGCUGCUGGACUGGCAGCGGCUUUGUGAUGUGUGCUGGAGUAGAGCAGGUUAACCCCACCCUUCAGAAUGCCUGAGAAACUCACCCUAUCCCCAGCUCUGGGGAGAAACGAAAUAAAUCCUUUCCCUCUGUUGGCCAAACUUCAGCUGGGCUUUUCCUUUCACAGUCCCUGGCUUCUUUUUCCCUAGGCUUCAGAAAGGUAAACAGAAAUUCAAUCAAUGCAGCUUCAAACUGUGUCUUGAAGAAAAAUAUAAGCUGGUUUUAGACACAUUGGGAGGACUGUUGGGUCAUCCAUUCAGUAUGAGGGCUGAGAGAUGGUCUUCUGUUGCAUCUUAAGUGUGAGCAAAUAAAAAGAAGCAAAAUGGUAACCAUGCGGACACUCUCGGAGGUUUCUAUACUUCAGACUGCCUAAGAAUCACUGGGACAAAUUCCUGGGCCCAACCCUACAGAUUCUGACUCACUUGUAUUUCAAACAAGCUACAGGGUAAUGCUGAUUCUAUCAGUCUGGUCCACACUGAGCAGCCCUGUCCCAUAAAGCAAGAUGCGAAAGACUCAUGACUCAGCCUGAAAGAAAAUUUUGUAUACUUGGUUGACUUUUAUAGAAUGGCCUAAUAGGAACACAAAUUUAGUAAAAAUGGGAACUCAGAAGAUAAACAGUGAGGUAAGAGGGAAUUGUUAACAAAUUGACUUAAUUGCCAAAUUAAUGUUAUCAGCGCAGCAUAUCUUUUCUUCUUGGGUUACUUUAAAACUUUUCAGAUGAAUGUUUUAAAGGCAAAUACUAAAUCUUCUCAGCAUAAUUUAAAAUAGUUGCCAGAUUUUUCUCAAGCAUGCCUGCAUUUUAUUCAUUUCACAGUGACAGUUGAACUUGAUUUUCACAUUAAGCAGCUAUUUUAUAAUUCUUACAGUUCUGAAUAGGAAAAAGUGCAUGCCUGCAUUUUAUUUGAGUAAUUAAUUAAUGGCAACUCUUUGAAUUACUAAGGAAACCAACUCUGAACUAUUUUAUGCCCCCAAAAGGAAAGGGAUUAAUUGGUUCAUGGAACUGAACAAUCCAAUGUAGAAUUGGCCUUGGGGAUUCAAAUAGGAUUAUCAGAACUCUGCUCUAAAGUGGCCUCAUUUUCUCCAUGACCCGGAGGGAAGAGCACGUGGAGUGAGAAGGGCAGAGUAGGGGAGUGUGGAAGAACGCCCAGGAGAGCGCUCUGCUGCAGCUUGCUCACAUCUGCCUUGGAUUCUGUCUCGGCCUCACUGGAGGUCCACUCCCUGACCCCGCUUUUCCCCUGCACAUUGACUCUUCCCCCAACCCAGCCUUCUUCCCAUUCGUGAUCAAAAUUUUUUAAAACAAGCCUGUGGCUUCCUCAUUACAAUCUGCUCAGAUCAAGUACUCAGCCGUGUAAGCUAAGAAUUGUCUCAGAUGGAGGAAGCAACGCCUGAUUGCUUGGUUAGGAAAGUCUCGGUAGAGCCUGGAGAGCAGGUUGCCAUCAGCCCUCCCCUGGGCCGCUGGAUGGGCUCAUCUGCUCUGUGUAUUGGCAAUUACAGCACCUUUGUUUAUUACUCUGGAGUUGCUAAGAACAAGUCUGUUUGCAGGAAAGUGUGCCGAUGACAUUUUCCUCUACAUGUUAAAAAAUUUUAAAAAAUCCAGCUGAAGUUUUUCUUUUAUAACAGCCCGUAAAAACUAGGGAUAAGAGGCUCUCUUUAAACUACAUAAUGUGUACUCAUAUAAACAGUGGUUUACUUGUAUGAUUCUAAUAAUUCUAAAAUUCUGUAUUAUACAGGUAUAUAAAAAUUUGUUGUGAAAGAUUUUGGAAUCUACUUCAGUACUCCAAUUAUCAAAUAAAGAAAAGAACCAAGA